AUGAACGACAUAUUACCAGCCCCAAGUCUUGUUAAAUAUAGUAAUCCAAUUCUCAUAUCUAACAGCUAAAAGAAACAAAUCAAAUAACAGCCUCCAAGUAAUACAGAAGAUAUUUUGAAUGCAAUUCUGCUUCCUCGAGAAUUUAAUCAUUAGAAAAAUUAAUUGCAAAUUUAAUGUGUUUCUCCUGCACCUUCAACGAAAUAGGAUGUGUUGGAAUUACAAGACAAAUUGGAUAAGUGGUUAUAAUAACGGCUUGCAAGGGAGACUGGCUUAUGUCCAAUUAGAGAGGAGUUAUAUUCAUAAUGUUUUGAUGAAUUAAUACGAUAAAUCACAAUAAAUUGUGCAGAAAGAGGUAUGUUGCUAGUGACAGUGCGCAAUGAAGUUCGGAUGGUUAUAUAGACAUAUUAAACUUUGUAUGCCUCAAGUAUUGCUUUUGGGAUGAGAAAGUUUUUAUCUGAAGAGGAAAAAAAGGUAUGAAACAAACACAAUGUAUAGGCUGAAUACAGAUAGAGGAUUAAGUAACUCGAAUAAGAGUGCUCGGAGCUCCAAAGAUAAGUAGAAAAUCUAGAGUAGAAGCUAUGUGACACAAAGCAGUAGGAUUAAUUGAAAAGAGAGUAAACUAAAGAAACACACACAGAAAUUAUAACCUAAUUAAAAACAGAUAUAAAAAACAAGGUCUCUGGGGAUCUAGAAAAAAUACUUACUGGAUAAAGAAAAUUACCUGACAAGAAGUGACAGC